AUGGAGUCAGGUACUCAGAUAAAUCUAGAGGACCUUUCUCAUAAUGACCUCGAUUUAACUAUGCCUAUCAUAGAUGAGUUUAUCAAAUUAUCAGAGCCUCUUGUUGAAGAAAAUGAUCCAGAAAGUGAAAAAUUUUUCGGAGACAAAGAAAAUUCUAGUCUCUAUCAGAGUUUAAUGAAGAAUUAUAAAGUCUUCGUUAAAUAUCGGAUGUUUUUUGAAAGAUCGAUUUUCAUUUCUUCUUCAAAUUUACAAAUCUUCAAAAAAGCUAUCGAUGAAUACCUAGAAUUAGUUCAGAAAUUCGAUGGAAAGAAAGUUACACAGACAUCACGAGAGAAAUUCCAGAUUAUUGUUGCUAAUUUGAUUGAUAUAUUCAAACAUGUCAAUACAGAGGAUAUUAAGGGCACCAUAAUGGCAUGCUUAUCUAAGACAUCAAAAGAACUCAAUGCAAUUCAUGAAAACUUUCAAGAUUUAAUCAAUUCAAAUUCAGAAUUUGCCAUGGCAUAUGACAACUUAGAGUCAUGCCAUCAAGAUGUGUUAGGAUCAUGCCAGAGCAUCAACAAACUACUAACUCUCGACAAUAUUACUGACAUUUAUACCAAAUUACAACAAUCCCUUCAAUUCAACGAAGCUGUUGGCAAUAUUGUGAAGGAUUUAGGCGACAAAUACGAAAACAAAUACAUUGAAUGCUGUAUGAAGUCCCAAAUCGUCAUCAUUGACUUCAAAACAAUUUUAUUAGGACAUACACUUUACGAAAACUGCUCGAUCAUCCUCGAAACAUUGAAUACAGAGCCAGUACAUAUAUCCACCCGCAGUGUACAUCCCAACGGAAACUACGUUCCAGAGAAUGAAUCAUCAGAAGACGAAUCCGUUGCUCCUAAGGACGAAGAGUACUCAGGCCAAGAUUCAGUAGCCAAGGCAGAAGAAGAUGACGAAGAAAUUGAUGAAGAAGAUGAAGGAGAAGAUGAUGAUGAAGAUGAAAUCAGCGAAGAAGACAUGAACGAUGAAGAAAAGAAGUCCAGUAAAAGCAAGCGAGCCGAGAUGCUUCAAAAUCUUCUUGCUCCUUUGCUUUCUUUGGACUGUGCCUCCGAAUCUCCUGUUUUGGCCGCAUUUUGGGUAUCGAAACUGAGUGAAAUGACUCAUCCAAGCAACGCCGUGAUUGUCCAAUCGAUACAAUCCGUGUUCAACGAGAUGCAGCACUUCUUCGACCGCUUGGACAUGUCUUUCACCAGUUCAAACUUCCUCGUCAAUCUCCAGGAAUUAGAUAUUUUGAUUUCCCAGUUUCGAUCACUUCAAAAUGCCAAAAUCUUCUCGGAGAAUGAUCCAUGCAUUGCGAACUUGAGCCAGUUCGUCAGAGACUGCUACUUAAUCAAGUCUCCGAUGACGAAAAUCAACUGCAUCAUUAAAUCCCUCGAAACUGGCAGAAAAAUUGUGAAAGAAAACCUCCAAAACCACCCGAAAAUAUUCGACCACGCCUUUGUCCUUUUCAAAGAAUUGUUUGACAUAAUAAUCCCCGUUUCACAGAUGGCGAGAGCUGUUGACGGACUCAACAAAUACGCCGCGGAAUACAAUGUCAAAGUUGACAUAUUAAAACUCAAUUUCCCUUUGAUUUCGAAUUACGAAGUUGGUCCUUAUAUAAGGUCAAACAUCCAUGUACACGAAGUCAACUGUAACUAUGCAGAUUUCAUCUCGAAUUUGGCCAACAAAAUCGAAGAAGCAGGAAUACAAAUAAUCAACAAGAAAAAUGAAAAAUUUUCUGUUGACAAAUUAAUUUUCCCUUCGAUUUUUGAGUUCAUGAAUGAAACUGCUGACUUUAUAAAUGAUACAUUCAAGGAUGGAACAACCAGAUUCAACGCUUUCGCUAAGGACAUGAAGGAAAAGAUGGUUGAUGGUUCGCAAUUACUAAACAUAAUAAAAAAAUUGAAACAAUUCAUUAUUAUGAAGAAAAGUGAACUUUCUCAAACAAAAGAAGAAGAAAAACAAUAUGAAAACAUAGAAAAAAUAUUUAAUGACGAGAAUACAAACAAAGAAUGCGAAAACUACGAAAAAAUCUAUAAGAAAUUAAUAGAUUUGAACUAUUUACACCAACUAUUUUAUUGUUUAGAUCUUGGUAAUUUAAUAACUUAUUCCAAUGCUUUGCAACUGACUUAUAUGAGAUUCUUUGCUCAUUUCGUGUCCAACGAAGAGAUCUUUGAGGGCCACAGUUUGUUAGAACCAGCAGGCUGCAAUCUCUUGAUUGAUGUACAGAGAUUGAUGCAGAAUAAGUUACAAAGUGGAAUGGUACAACAAAGAAUUUCACUUUUGAACACAAUGAAAAUGUCUCUGGGUUCAAUUUUGGGAGCUGCUUUUCUCAAAGACGACGACAAUGAAUACAACAAUUUAGUUCAAUGGAUAGAUAUCGUAAGCCAACUGUGUAGAAUGACUGAUGUCGACGGCGUCCAACAAAUCAAGCCAAUGUGUAUAAAUCUCCCGAGAUUGACUGAAUUCCCUAAAUUGGCCGAUGAUUUGUGGCAACUUGUCGAAGCCCCUGUUCUCUGCGAAAAAGAAAACAGAGCAAUCGGACACAUGCAAAUGAUCUGUCAGGCUGAAUUUAACGAGGAUGUAACAAGCACGUACUCAAAUCUCGGUCAUUACAGGAUAUUGGCGAUGACAAGAGAUUACACGAGUUUGUUGAUCAAAGUUAAAGAUUACGGUUUCGUUUCAAUUGAUGACGAUUACGAACUUGGUCAUUACGGUGAUUCCUACGCGAACAGAUUCAUUGAACAUCACUGGCGAAUCAACAUUUGCCAGAUCGAUGACAUCGCAAAGGAAAUAAAGAGGAACUUGCCGGAAUAUAAUGACGAGACAGAGCCAUUGCAUUCAUUGUUUAGUUUGCUGACUUCUGGCGGAUUAAGUUUGGAUUCCGUUAUAAGUUUUGGCAAAACCGCUUUGAAUUUGAGAAAAUAUUUCAAAAAUAGACAAGAUUUUACAGAUGUUUACAAGAAAUUACACACGUUUAUUUCAUUCUUGGAACAUCAUGAUACAUUAGCUCUUCUCAUUGGCGAAAUCUCUGAUUCUCAACUAGUACAACUCUCUUUGUGUCGAACAUUUAAUUAUUUGAGAUUCAUCAAAUAUGUUACAACAUUGGCUUUGAAAUUAAGUUCUUCAGGAGCAUUUACAAACGAUGCAAACUCAAAUCUGUUUUCGCAAUGCUUGUCAAUAAGGAACUUCGCAAGUUCUAUAAAGCCAACAAUGAAGUUGACAUUGGAAGCAAUAGAAAAACUCAGUCAUUGCGUGUCAACAAUCGAAAACAUUUUCUUAAGCAACGGUGUAAAUUAUGACAUUUUGUUUGGAAAAUGUAAAUUGUUUGUCAAAACCGCCAAUUUAAAGAAAUCGGAAGAGAUCUAUAAAUUGAUUUCUAGGCUCGAGAACAAUCUCUCUAGCUAUAAUUCUAAGGAAGUCAAUGCUGUUUAUCACGAGUUCCACAAAUUAAUUCUCGAAAACGAAAAAGAAAAUUCAAAAGAAAUUGAAAAUGCUUUGAGAAUUAUUUUGGCCAUUUCUCGUUUGAAGGCAGUUAUUGACCCAGCCAAUCAGUUCCUUGAGAAUGACGGCAUGUCGCAUUUCGAGUUCACGAAAGACGACAUCGACGCAUUCACUGAAACAAGUCGUUACUUAGGAAACAAAGUUUCUCACGCAUUCGCAAUUCCAAGGCCGAAAUUAACUGUUCCUUCAACGACUCUGCCGAAACACGACCAAAACUUGAUCACAGACAUAUUCGAAGAAAUGCAGAACGAAAGGAAAUCUCUCUUCGAAAACGCUCUGGAGUAUCAUAACUUGGUCAAAGACAGAGAAAUACAAAGAAAGGAACUCCAAGAACUCCAGGAAAGUCGUAAGAAUUUGAUCGACGAAUUCAAUGGAUUAAAGGACGGAUUAAGUACGGCAAUUGAACAGGAAUUCAGCUCAAACGAAAACAGCGACAAAGUCAAGGACCAGCACAACAGGUUGAGCUACAAGAGAUCGUACGAGGAGUACAAGAGAUUGCUGUCAUUCGUUGAGAUAACCGAUGAUAGAUUGAGCCACGAAAAUGAUUAUAUGAUGAAGGAAUGCGAAAAUGCAAACAUCGUUCCUAUUGAUGUUUCUGCAAUUCCUAGACCAAUUUCAAGUCCUUUGGAUAGAGAUGACAAUAGAUCUGACGACUCUAGCUCGUACUCACAGAUUGCUCACUACGAAGACUUGGAUGAAGGAAUUGAUCCUCAACUUCUCAAUGUUCUAAAGAAGAUUGGAAUGGUCAACGAGUAA